AAAUACACUCCCUUGAUCUUCUAACUUAAUCUUUAUGUUUCAUCUAAAUAGAAAAGAAAAGAAAAAGAACAGAAACGGAGAUGCUAGAUUUAGCAGCUUCCAACGAAUCUUUAGGCAUCAAAGAUCUUGAAGAAGAUUUGAAGUUAUUUAGCUAUACAUCAGUUGUGGCAGCGGCAAAUGACUUUUCUCUUGAAAACAAGUUAGGAGAAGGAGGCUUUGGACCUGUUUAUAAGGGUACCCUACCAACCGGGGAAGAAGUUGCUAUAAAAAGACUUUCAAAAGGGUCUGGAAAAGGAAUUGUUGAAUUUAGAAAUGAAUUAACCCUCAUAUGUGAACUCCAACACAUGAACCUUGUUCAAUUAAUUGGUUGUUGCAUUCAUGAAGAAGAGAGGAUUCUAAUGUACGAGUAUAUGCUAAACAAAAGCUUGGAUUUCUAUAUAUUUGGUAAGGAAUAUGCUAAAGUCUAUUUAAUUAUAUGUAGCAUGCAAGCACAUACGCAGGGCUUCAACAUAAUAGAAGGAAAGUCAUUUAUGCUUGGUAAUGUAGCAUAAUAUAUAUUCUAAAACAGAUUAAUUUGUAUCUAUUUGGAAGAUUCUACUAGAAAAAUGUUACUAGAUUGGAAGAAGGGCUUCAACAUAAUAGAAGGAAUUUCUCAAGGAUUACUCUAUCUUCAUGAGUACUCAAGA